AUGGCCAUCUCAAAACGGGCCGGCGCCAAAAAGGGCGCCGCAAAGUCGGCCCCUCCCCCCUCGAAAUCCAAUGCCGGCGCAUCCUCGUCAAAGGGCGGCGUCGCAAAGGCAGACUGGAGGGAAGGCUUCAAAAAGCCACAGGCGGGCGUCUCGGACAUGACGCUACUCUCCAAGGUAUCCAACGAGGAGAUCAACUCGAACCUCCAGAAGCGCUUCGAGAAUGCCGAAAUCUACACCUACAUCGGCAACGUCCUCAUCUCGGUCAACCCGUUCCGCGACCUGGGCAUCUACACCGACGACGUCCUCCAGUCCUACCGCGGCAAGAACCGCCUCGAGAUGACGCCCCACGUCUACGCCAUCGCAGAGGGCGCCUACUACAACAUGGCCGCCUACAAGGAGAACCAGUGCGUCAUCAUCUCGGGCGAGUCGGGCGCAGGAAAGACCGAGGCGGCCAAGCGCAUCAUGCAGUACAUUGCCGCCGUCAGCGGCGACGGCGGCGGCGCGGGCAGCGGCGGCAUCCAGGGCAUCAAGGACAUGGUGCUCGCCACCAACCCGCUCCUCGAGAGCUUCGGGUGCGCAAAGACGCUGCGCAACAACAACUCGUCGCGCCACGGCAAGUACCUCGAGAUCAUGUUCAACCCGCAGGGCGAGCCCGUCGGCGCCAGCAUCACAAACUACCUCCUCGAAAAGAACCGCGUCGUCCAGCAGAUCCGCGACGAGCGCAACUUCCACGUCUUCUACCAGUUUACAAAGGCCGCCUCGGACGCCCACCGCGACGCCUACGGCAUCCAGGGGCCCGAGGCCUACGCCUACACGGCCAACAGCGGCUGCCUCGAGGUGCCCGGCAUCGACGACGCCGCCGACUACCGCGACACGCUGGCCGCCAUGCACACCAUCGGCCUCUCGGCCGCCGAGCAGGACAACAUCUUCCGCAUGAUUGCCGCCAUCCUGUGGAUCGGCAACGUCCAGUACGUCGAAGACGCCGAGGGCAACGCCCAGAUCGCCGACGCCGCCGUGCCCGACUUUGUCGCCUACCUCCUCGAGGUCGACGCCGGCAACGUGACAAAGGCCCUCACCCAGCGCAUCAUGGAGACCCAACGCGGCGGGCGGCGCGGCUCGGUGUACGAGGUGCCCCUCAACCCGGCCCAGGCAGCCGCCUCGCGCGACGCCCUCGCCAAGGCCAUCUACAACAACAUGUUUGACUGGAUCGUCGAGCGCAUCAACCAGUCGAUGCGCCCCGCCGCCAACGCCGGCGCCGCCAACGUCAUCGGCGUGCUCGACAUCUACGGCUUCGAGAUCUUUGACAACAACUCGUUCGAGCAGCUCUGCAUCAACUACGUCAACGAGAAGCUGCAGCAGAUCUUUAUCGAGCUGACGCUCAAAAAGGAGCAGGAGGAGUACGCCAGCGAGCAGAUCCAGUGGACGCCGAUCAAGUACUUCAACAACAAGAUCGUCUGCGACCUCAUCGAGGAGCGCCGCCCGCCCGGCAUCUUUUCGGCGCUCAACGACGCCUGCGCCACCGCCCACGCCGACCCGACGGCCGCCGACAACUCGUUCAUCCAGCGCACGGGCAUGCUGGCGUCGAACCCGCACUUUGAGUCGCGCGGCACCAAGUUCCUCGUGCGCCACUACGCCGGCGACGUCAUGUACAACGUCCAGGGCAUGACGGACAAGAACAAGGACGCGCUGCUCAAGGACAUCCUCGACCUCGUCGACUCGUCGGCCAACGGCUACCUCCAGAAGCUCUUCCCGGACCGGCCCGACCCCAACAGCAAGAAGCGGCCCCCGACCGCCGGCGACCGCAUCAAGGCGAGCGCCAACGCCCUCGUCGACAACCUGAUGAAGGCGCAGCCCUCGUACAUCCGCACCAUCAAGCCCAACCAGAACAAGAGCCCGACCGAGUACGACGUCCAGGCCAUCCUCCACCAGAUUAAGUACCUCGGCCUGCAAGAGAAUAUCCGCGUCCGCCGCGCCGGUUUCGCCUACCGCAACACGUUCGAGAAGAUGGUGGAGCGCUUCUACCUCCUCUCGCCCGCCACGUCGUACGCCGGAGAGUACAUCUGGCAGGGCGACGCCAAGUCCGGGUGCGAGCGCAUCCUCACCGACACGGGCAUCGCCCGCGACGAGUGGCAGAUGGGCGUCACCAAGGCCUUCAUCAAGAAUCCGGAGACGCUGUUCGCGCUCGAGACGAUGCGCGACCGCUACUGGCACAACAUGGCGAUGCGCAUCCAGCGCGCCUACCGCAACUACCUGCGCUACAAGGAGGAGUGCGCGCGCCGCAUCCAGCGCAUGUGGCGCAACAACAAGGAGGGGCUGGCCUACGUCCAGCUGCGCGACUACGGCCACCAGGUGCUGGCGGGACGCAAGGAGCGCCGCCGCUUCAGCCUGCUUGGCAUGCGCCGCUUCAUGGGCGACUACCUCGACGUGGGCGGCAAGGGCGGCGGCGCCGAGGGUCAGAUGCUGCGCCAGGCCGCGGGGCUCUCGGCGGGCGAGGAUGUGGCGUUUAGCGCGCGUAUCCAGCUCCUCGUGUCGCGCCUGGGCCGCUCGAGCAAGCCGAGCCCGCGCUUCCUGGUCCUCACCGACAAGGCCGUCUACCUGCUCGUCACGCAGCUCGUCAAUAACCAGGCCCAGACGACGUGCGAGCGGCGCAUCAACCUGUCGGCCAUCACGGCCGUCGGCCUGUCGAACCUGCGCGACGACUGGGUCGUGCUCAACGUCGGCGGCGCCAGCGUCGACCCGGACCCCGUCUUCCACUGCGCGUUCAAGACGGAGCUCGUCGUCCACCUCCUCCAGCGCACCAGCGGCGGCGUCAACGUCAACGUGGCGCCGACGCUCGAGUACGCCAAGAAGAAGGACAAGAAGGCGCAGAUCACCUUCAAGAAGGACGAGACGAUCCGGCGCGACGACGUCUACAAGAGCUCGACCGUCUCGCCAGUCGAAGCCCGCUCCGAAAAAGAAGCCCGGCCUCGUCCGACCCAUCACGUCUGGCAAGCUGCUCAAGGCCGGCGGUCCGUCGAACCCCAAUAG